AUGAGGAAUAAUCGUCGCAGCUAUUCAAGAAGUCCUCUAAGUGCUGGACGUAGGGUAAGGUCACCCAUUUCUGAUCGUGGAAGGAGUUCAUCAAGAAGUCCUUCACUAGAUGGCUCAUCCAAGCGCAUUAGAAGGGGGAGGGGUUUCAGUGAGCGAUACUCUUACGUGCGUAGAUACCGGAGCCGUUCUCCAGAUCGUUCCCCCGUGAGAUCAUAUCGUUAUGGUGGGAGAAGUGAUCGUGACAGAUAUUCAAGCCACAGGAGAUCGCCUAGGCGCUACAGGAGCCCACUAAGGGGAAGAACUCCUCCGAGAUACCGAAGCAGAAGAAGCAGAACCAGGAGCCGUAGUGUGUCAUGGAGCCCAAUCCGCUAUCGCAGCCGCCGUUACAGUCGCAGCCGCUCUCCCAUGGAGGAAUCUAGAUAUCGUCCAUCCCCACGUACCGAGAGGCGGAGAUCACCUUCUCGGAGCAGGACCCCUUCUGAAUCAAGGUCUUCCCGUGAUUCACAAUCUCCUAAGCAGGCAAGCAAAGAGAGGCUAAGGUCAAGGUCAUCUUCUGCAAGUCCCACUGGGAAGACAGGCCUGGUCUCUUAUGGGGAUGGCUCUCCCGAUUCUAGGUAA